GGGGUGGUGUUCCUAUUCCAAAAUAGUACGUAUUUUAUAAUUAGGGUUUUUUUCUGAUACCUAGAUCCAUCCCGUCAGCACUGUUGCUUUUUUCUCGGUGGCAUAUUAUAGGAAAACGCAAGUAUAGCCUCAGACCCACAUUUUUUCAGAUAAAAGUGUGCCUGGUUUGAAAAUAAGCAUCCAUAUAUAUAGAAGCCUAUUUAUGUACAUGGAUAUUUAUAAUACCGAGAGUGUAUAGGUUGAGCAUUAAUUUAAAUUAUGCUAAACUACGAAGUAGCGCGGAGUGAACCUGGAGCAUAUGCAGUAAACAUUUCUUGUUUUGCAGUUCAUCUGAACAGCAUUCAUGCUGCUUAAACGAAAUAAGACGGUUACGUAAGUUUUCCAGCGGCGUGGAGCGCCAUCCUUCCCGGACCUGCAUCCGCCUGAUCUGUACCUAAAAACGGAACUGUCUGACUCAUUGUCACACACGUCUCCCUCAUUCUGUUGUCAAAAUUUCCUAUCCUUCUUCCAGUCGCUGUUCCCGGACAUGGUCGCGGAAGCCGGUGGCCUGGAGCCCAUCCCAGGCAGCAUAGGGCACACAACAGGGGCUCGCACUUUUAUACACAGUGGGCUAUUUAGAGAUACCAAAUAGCCUAACUGCAUGCAUUGAUUGUGAAAGUGUGAUUUAUAAGACGCGGGGUCAAAACCUCUGCUUUCUUAUGAUGGUUAAAUCUAGGCAAAAGCUAAAUCGAAGAUGUUUCCCAGCGCUCGACACAAGAACUUAUUCUAAUACGGAGCUGCUCGUUUUAAUACACUCAGCUGUAAAACCAAAAAUGACUUUCAAGCUUAUUAAUAUUUUUAAUAUUGUCAUUUAAUUUAAAAUGAAAUAUUGUGGCAUUUAAAUAUAAUGUUGCCAUAACUAUUUUGAACUACUUUUACACAUUACGGCACAAAUAUUUCAGAUGAUGAAAAUGAAGAAGUAUUUGUAUUUUGGCGAAAAACAAGACAAGUUGUCAUGUUUUCUUCACUCCCAAUACAAACGUGUUCGGAGCAGAUAAUCCAAUUGGUCAGCGUGAAAGAGAGCGUCGGCCAAUCAGGAUACAGAGCGCGAAUGCACUCGGAAGUGGAAAAGCGCUGCAUGAAUUGCCUUAGGACCUGUAGAUAAUGUAGUGACUAAUUUCGAUACAGAUGACAACUUGGUUGUCUUGAUAUUUCUUAGUAGUGUGUGUUUCUGCACAGUAACCUAUUUAUGGCUAAAGGAUUUCAUUUUGUAGUUAAAGUCUAAUGAUCCGCUUAUUUAUGGGUGUGUUUUGAAAAAUGUGGUGAUUCUUGUCGAACUUAUCCGACUUAACCAAAGCGUUAUAAUGUCUUUGGAGGCGUCUGGCAUCUCUGUGUCCGGGCACAGGCGGUCUUUCUCGGAUCUUCUUGCGGCCCAUAAGGCGAAGAGACCCAGACAUCAAAGCGAAGCCGAACUGCGCGAAACGGCGGUCCAGCUGCUCGACCGGCACCAGAACCUGUCCGCUUUGCUUCUGGAGGGGAGCACCAGUGUGUCCGAGGCUCAGACGGACCUUUGUGAGGAGAAUCCUGCACCGAGAGCUCCUCCCUUUUCUGGGGCCGGACCUCCAUCUGACCUUGAAGACUCUCUUAUAGUGCAUGCUCUGCAGAGGCAAGCCGUGGAGCUGGGAGUCCCAGUGGGCGUGGUCUCCUCCAAGAUGGCAACAGAGAGAGUGGUAGAUCUGAUGGGACGUACAGCAGGUUGUGCCAGGGGGGCGCUGUUGAGCUCCAUUCGGAGGGCUGAGCUCUCGGCGCUGGUGCGCUCCAUUCAGGGGCUGCUCUCCCAAAGGGCCUUCAGCCCCCAUAUCUUCUGCCGCGAGCUCUGGAAGUGUCAGCAGCCCACGCUGGAGGUGGCCUGGCUUCUCCACUCGGGAAACGUCGUCACCCUGGAGCACAUCCUGGAAAGUGAGGAGGGAGGCGUGGCAUGGCUCGGAGCGGAGCUGAAGGCUCUGUGUGGAGUGGAGGAGGAUAAGGAAGCGCAGCAGCAAGUCCUCGCAGGCGUGGUGUCAGUUCUGCUGCAGGCCGGAUUCCGGGACCCCCCAGGUGACGCCUCCCAGCUCUGCGUGGCGGUGCUGGACGACAUGCUGUCAUGGGUGCUGGACGGCUUGCAGCAGGGGGGAGAUCUGCACUCUGGGACAGAAGCGGCUGGAUCCUGGGUUUGGGUGCUGGACCUGACGCUGGGUCGGGCGUCCCCCUCGGACGCUGUGCUGCGGCGUUUCUUCACGCGCUGCCUCACUCAGGUCCUCACCUGCCAGCCGCAGUUCAAAGUGUCGGAUGCCAUAGCCAACCAGAGUGAGUGGACCUUCGCUAAGACCCCCCGCCCUCUCACAGCUUUGUACCGUAAGCUCGCGGUGCCCUUCAGCGUGGAUGAGCUGCUUUGUCACCUGCGGAAUGUUCUAGAAACCCAUGAGGUUAACUGGCAGCAUGUGCUGUCCUUUGUGUCCACCCUGUUGGUGUAUGACGCGCAGGCUCUACGUACCCUCACAGAGCUCCUCUCCCAACUCCUGAACGUGGCCUUUGAAAGCUACGACCUGGAAAACAUGAUCACCGCUUUCCUGCUGUCUCGCCAGGGGGCGCUGGAGGGUCCCACCGUCUUCCCCUCCUACGGCGAGUGGUUCAAGGCAUCCUUCGGGAGUGCCGGCGGUUGCUACGGCAACAGUAAAAAGUCUGUAGUGUUCCUGAUGAAGUUUCUGUCGGACCUCGUGCCCUUCGACCCGCCGCAGUACCUGAAGGUACACAUUCUUCACCCCCCCUACGUUCCGGUGAAGCACCGCACUCUCUUGCAGGAGUAUGUGUCUCUCGCUAAGACCCGGCUGGCUGACCUGAAGGUCUCCGUGGAUGAGAUGGGGUUGUAUGAGGACUCGUCUGGGGCUGACGUUCCAAUGCAGCCCGGCUGCCAGGCUCCCCAGGACGUGGAGAAGGCCAUCCGGCUGUUUGAGAGCACCGGCAAGAUCUCGGCCGCCGUCAUGGAGGCCAGCAUCUUCAGGAGGCAGUACUUCCUGACCCGCUUCCUGCCAGCCCUGCUGAUGCCGCGUGCGCUUCCUGAUAGCUCUGACUCCCAGAUGUCCUUCAUCGAGUCCCUGAGGAGGGCGGAGAAGAUCCCAGCAUCACUGUACAGUGCCUACACCCAGUCCUGCGAGAGGGAGAGGCUAAGGCGGGAACACGGUGGAGGUGCAGGCCUGGAGGUGCUGAAGGAUCUGGAGCCCCAGGAGAGACUGCAGGCAGAACUCCAGGAGCUGGGGAUCCUGCUGUCAGCACCUGGGACGGAGGAGGAAGUGUUGGCUCAGCUCGCCCGGAUUUCCGAAUCCUUGGCGCUCCUGAUUCCCGAACGGCCUGACGAGACAGCGGUCCAGGUGACGCUGUGCCUCCAUCCGGACUCCCCGGCUUCCCCGGACCCGGAGCACCAGCGGAUCGCUGACGUGAUGCUGAGGGGCUUCUGCCAAAGUUUGAUGGACGCCUCAAGGCUGCGGCCCCCAGACAGGCAGGGCCCGUGGGCCAGCCGUUUUGUCCAGAUGUUACUGGGACACAGGAAGCUGGCGGCGAGUCUCCUGCAGCGCCUUUGGGGCCUGAUCUGCGAGCAGGGGGCGACGCUGGGAGCCGCACACGUUCUGGGUCUCGCCGCGUUCCUCGUGCACCUACACGAGUCCAGAGCCCGCUGUCCCUUGGCUGUACCUGGGCCCGGCUGGCCCCCCUACCCUGUGCCUUUCUCCGAAGCCCUGGGCGCCUCCCUGCCUUGCAGCACUGCCCCGGAAAUGGCCUUCGCCCUCAGGUUCUGCGCGGCGUCCGUGUGCUACGCCCUGUGUCGCUUCGCCCUGCCGGCCGAGAACCUGCAGGAGGGCUUCCCCGCCAGCUUGUGGAAGAAGGUGUGA